AUGGCGACCAGUUUCAAGAAAAAGAGUACGCGAGGUCGUGCUAUUUAUCCCCCAGGAACAAGGCCUUCUCUUCAUAAUAAUCAACUUCUAGUAUCUUCUGGAGUUCCAUCUAUGGAUAACGUUAUAGGUGAGACUCACUGACUCAGUCUAUUACGGACUGGUAAACGUUUUUGUGUUAAGUUUUUCGCACAGUCUUGGCAAUCCUGGCUAAUCGUGAUUAAUUAAAAUCAUUUUUCCAGGGGGUGGAAUUGCCGUAGGCACCGUUUUUAUGGUUGGUAGGUAUUUUAAGUCUGUUUCUUCCUAUAUUAUUUCUUAUACGCCAUCUUGUCCGCUUGACUAAUUUUCUGGGUAAAUUAUUCGGAAAAUAACAUAACAGCUUUAAAUUAAUCAAUCAAUCAGCUGAUUUCAACUUUAAUUCCUGGUAGUUCUUGACCAGGUAUUCGAUAAGAACAGAUUUUUAGUUUAAACAAGUAAGCUAACUUUGUUUAUGAAUUCGUGAGCCCCAAAGCAGCACCUUUUUGCCUCUGUCUCAUUUGUCACCCUUGAAUUCGAAUGUGUGCUGACAUGCAUCCCAUUUCACAGGCUUCCCUAAGGAGCAGUUGCCUUGCUGUGUGGUGGUCUUUUUUAGUCAUAGCUAAGAACACAAUUAGUACACAGACUUAAGAGUCUUAUUAAUUACAAACCAUUAUUUAACUGAAUAUUUUACCCUUCCAGAUCUCAGAUCACUCUGUAGUAAUUGUAAUGCCAAAUAACAACUGUUGCAUUUUACACAAAAAAGAUAUCUUGCAUUUAAUACAACAAAAAGAAGAAAAAUUAGAAGAAGGGAAGUAUUCAUUUGAAAUAUAAAUUCUUUCUUUGGACACUUUUAAUGUCUAUCUCGGAUUUUCGGACAAGAUGAAUAGUAUUCUGGAAUAUGGUCAGAGCCCAACCACAAAUGUUAAAUCACCCAUUAACAAAUGACAUUAUAUUUUGGGAAUCUGUAGUUGUAUGAAACUGACUGUUUUAUCAGGUUCAAAGUCAUUUGGGUGCCUCACUGCUUUUAUUAAACUUUUGAGAUUAAAAUUAUCGGUUUACCUUCUCUGUUUCUUAAAUAUUUGGCAAUUUUUUUCUUCUCUUUAGAGGAAGACACUUAUAGUUCUUAUGCCCGACAACUUUCAAAGUAUUUUCUGGCUGAAGGAGUGAUAUCUGGUCAUUCAAUAUUCCUGGCAUCUGCUGAACCAGAACCCAAUGAUAUUUUGAAGGUAAUUAACAUCUCUGUUUUCCAUAACUUAGGUUAAUGUUUAUUAAAGAUUUCUACCUAAGAGAGAAGCAGAUGACAUGGCAGCUUAGCCUAGUUUUUAUACCAUAAUUUAAAUAAUCAAAUAAGCUCCCAUGAUGCUUAAUAUUUGAUUUUCUAAAGGGUUAGUGGGACACUAGUUUAAAGGGGUGCUUUUGUGGGGGUGUCUGCUCUAUUUUUCAAAUUCCAACCUCAAAAAAACAUGCACUCUAAUUGUAACGAUUAUCCCAAAAGUAACAUAAUAAGAAGAAACUUUUGAUUAUAAUUAUAUAUCAAUAGGACAAAAACUUAAAAGCAUUUUACUCCUAGUUAAUCUUUUGGAUAGUCCUCUUGAGGAAAUGAGAAGUAACUCAUUGAGACUCAUGGGACUAAAGAAAGGUUUCUGUACUGUUUAUAUUAUAGAACUUGAAAGUAUCAUUUACACCUCAUAUAUCAUAACUGAUUCCAGGAAUUGAUCCUUCUUGAUAGAUUUUUGAGGGGGGCUUCUUUGGAGAUAGGGUUUUGUCAUAUUUUUGAAUUCGGGAACUGGCUGAUCUCAUCAAAUCAACUAAAGAGUCAUCUCAGUGCAAUGUGAGAUAAUAAAAAGAAAAUGAAAAUAUGUGUGACUGUUGAUUUUUUCCUUCUUUGCUUCAGGAUCUUCCACAACAAGUUGAUAAUAAAACUUAUAGUGUAGAUGAACCAGGAGAUAGUUCUUCACCAAUUCAGUCUAUGAAGAUUGCUUGGAGAUAUCAGAAUCAACCCAAGUUUGAGGUCAGUUCCUAAUCUGGAUGGUUAUAUCUUUAUAUACUUCCUGCAAUUUGAUCAAUUUGGCUGGGAUUUGGUCUGAUAAAAAAUUCCUGAAAUGAGUGGAAAAAUAGUAAACACCAUGAAAAUAAUAAUGUUCCUUGACAAAGUCCUUAAAAAUUUGGAAGUUCUCAAUCAAUUCAUAAAACCUUUUUGUCUGGAAAAAAUGUUGCACUCCUGCUACAAGGUGAAAUGAAGAAAAUUAAACUGUAUAUUGAGGGUGAAAAGGGGAGAAGGAGUGGGUGAACUUCAUUAGAUUUAUUGUAGACUGUUUUACACCUCACCUAUUUGUAUUGAAAGAUCUAUCAUUUAGCCAGAGAAUUCUGUGUAGAGACCAGAUAAUUUUCUGAUAUUUGCUGCCAUAUGAACCAGCAGCCUGAUAGUAUCACAAACUUCAAGUUCAUUUUUCACAUGGUUUCCAUAUUUUUUUCCUUUUUUCAUCCACAGUCAUCGCCAUCAUCUGGUUCAUUUGGUCACUACUUUGAUUUGACCAGAGUUAUGGAUGAAACUAAGCUAAGCUCUGUUCCUAUUCAAACCUUCAGUGUGACUAGUGAAAUGGCAAAAUGUCUCAGUUGCACAGAGGAAGGGAAGUAAGUAAGUGGGAUAAAACCUUCUUCAGUUGACUUCUUAGCUGCUCAAAAAUGCUUCUGAAAUGAGAAGAUAUCAUAACUUUGAACCUGGUGACUGGGUUCAGAUAAAUUUUGCCAGAAUAAAAGUUAGAAAAUCAGGCAUAAUGCUGGCAUAAAGGCUAAAUUUGGUAUAAAUUUCCUUUACAUUUCAACAAGAGAUAAAUUCAGUAUCCUGAGUACUGUCAAUAGUGAGCUUGCUUUUCUUGCUUGCUCUGUAGAAAUUUGAUCCAGUAAAAUGUUGGGUUCUGAACUUUGGCAAGUUUUAAUAGUUUGCAAUAGGAAUUUCGUAGGGGGGGGUGGGGGCAGAGGGAAGAGGGAGGGGGAGAUUGAAAGGCUCUUAAAAGGUAUCAUUUUGAAUUAUUAAAUCAAGUAUAAUGAAAAAGUUUUUUCAGGGGUGAUGCCCUAAAGGCAUAAUGCUCAAAUUUUCGAGCUUAAUUUAUCUGACCCUAUUGGUUACACCAUACUUGAGAACCUGGGUUUUUUUAAAGCUAACAUAGCAAGUUCUUAUACCAGAAUUUUAGGUUAAUUAUUGAUAGUAUAGGCUUCAGAAUUUCUUAAAUAAAUUUUUAGCACAUCGUUUUUUAAAGAUACUUUUAGUUAAAGUCGAAUGAACAAGUUCUGAUAACAUUUUUAAAAUACCAACCAGCUUUAAGAACCUACCACUGAGCUUUGUUGUAUUGAACUAAAUGUAAGUGUUCUCAUUCACUUUAUUAGAUCGAGUGAGAAUAAUGUUUACAGAUCGCUUAUCUCAAGAAUAAAUUCUGCAAUCAAGGAAGGAGGAUUUACAACUGCUGAGAAAGGGGUAUCAGUGGCAAUCAAUUGAUGUUUUGUUAAACUAUCUUACGUUUGUAUCACUAAAUUUUUACACACUUCCCUAUUUCAAGAUUUACUUUCUAGGGAGUGAAACAGUUUUGAUUAUAAGAUAGGCUGGUUAAAAGAACACUUUGUGAAAAGGCAGAGAGAACCUCUUGAGACAGACUUAGAGGAGGUAACUGCUGGAGAUACAGGCUUGUGUAGAUAAGAAAAUUAUCUAACAGUUUUGUCUGAAAAUCAAAACCUAAAGUUUUUCUUAAGAUAGAAAUGCAAUGGCUUGGACAAACAGGACUGUCUGCUGUAAAUUCCAAGUGGGUUCUCCCAGAUUCCAAGCUAUCCCGAGGUAUACCUUACUUGCCUUUUGCAAGGACAAACUGGAAAUUUCCGGUAGUUUUCUGUAUUAAUGAUAGCAGUCUUGUUUUUUGUUUUUCGAUGCAGUGCAUUUACAAUUAAAUACACUUCCCAAGGACGUGGCCUCAAUGCGGGAGGGCAGACACUCAUGAAGCUGGAGAUAAUUGGAUGUUAUUGUGUUGACAUGCGUCCUGAGAACGUUAAAGUGACAAUAAGACGGUUUCUUUUAUUAUUUUCUCAGCUUGAGAACAGAACAAUUCUCAGAAUAGUUCUUCAUGGUCUUGGCUCGCCACUGUGGGGAGAAGAGCAACACUUCGGCAAUGAAAUAAGCCCCACCCUGACCAGAUUUUUGUUCCAGUUACGUGCCACACUCCGUUCUGCUUUGGCAGUCUGCUUUGUUACAGUCCCUACCCAACUGUUUCAGGUAACAGAGAACAAAAAAAAACAACAACAACAACAGCAAUAACAACAACAACUAAACUUUGUGUAAAAUGAUGUCUGCAGAAUAAUAAGUACAGAUUGUUCAUGUAAGAUAUGUAUCAUAAAAGGACGCAGUGCGCCUUGAAACUCUUAUGAGAGAGGAGUCCCGAAAACAAAGUCAUACAUCAUAUCCAGGCUAGAUGCGUAAAUGACUGAAUUUGUGUUCCCAGGCGCUGACUCAGAAAGUUACUGCCAAGGGACUUUAAAGGAAACCCUCCUUACUAUUACGCUAGAGUUCCAUUCUUGUUCUUUCGUGCCGCAGAAACAGACCAGGUGAACUCCGGCACUUUGGACCAUUUUAACCAGUACGAACAUUAAAUUAAUCUACUGGGGAAAAUGAAGUGUGGAAUCCUAGAGAAAACGAUAUCUUCCGAACAUUAUUUCCAAAUAACGAUAUCAGUGCAUUUUGAUAACUACCCCGUAGGACCCAGCCCUCACUCGGCGAGUAGAGAGACUUUGUGACACGGUGGUCAAACUGGAGUCAUUUGCUGGGUCUGAUAAUGAAACGAACCCAGUUUACAAAGAUUACCAUGGUGAGCUCUUUUCCUUUUAUUAAUUUUCGACAGCGCGAUGGAAUUAGCGAGGUCACUAAGUAUUCCUUGAAAUACGUUACCUUAGCGCUCUACACUCUAACAUCAGUAUGUAUAUUCUCCUUACUGUGAUCUAUACAUUUCCAAAGGUACUGACAAGGAGAGUUAGUUUAACAGUCCAGAGCUUCUUUAGUCGAUGAUCGUUUCCUUUAUUCUCAUGACCUUAAUGUAUGAAUCAGGGGUGAUAUUGUAAGGAGAAAUUAGAUGCUGGUCACCUUUAGUGCUCAAAGGGUGGACGGAUGUAAAGAUUAGAGCCUGAUAGCGAACAGUUGUUUGGCCUUGUGAGGGCACGUAAACAUGAGCGAGGAAAGGUGUAACCAGUGUCUAUUGGAGGGAAACUUGUUUUGUACACGAAACUGCAACGAAUGUCCUUUUGAGGCAAAUCAUGGGAAAAUAUUUGUAUUGAAGUCAACUACACGCGGCUGUGAAUAUGAACAGAAGCUUAUAACCUUCAUAAGCUUCUGAUUUAAAUCAAUGCACCUCUUGAGUAAAGUGGAGUUUAUUUAGUUUGAUAAAUUGACAUCUUUUGAAUUACAGGUCUCUUUCAUAUUGUUCGCCUGCCUCGCUUAAACUCCCUCGUUUGUCACGUGCCUGAUUCCUUCGACCUCGCUUUUAAAUUGAGGCGAAAGAAGAUGACUAUCGAGGUAGGUCUUUAAUAGACUUCUUGAAGUUUGUUUAUGUUUUCUUUUUUCGUACGGUUCUUCAAGUGUUUGGUCGUUUUUGAGUGAGUUUCUUUAUGGUGCGCUCCUACAAGCACGGAGGAAGAGCAAACAUCUCUUCUUGCCUAAAGCUUCUGCUCCAUGUUGAGAGAAGAAUAGAAAGGUAGUUUUCUUCAUUGAUACACUAAUGUGAAAAUUACCUCUCGUAGACACGCUCGGGACUCCUGUUAAUGCCAGGGCUUUACUUUUUGGUUUCCUAGCCCGAUGAUGUACAUCAUUAGCUACUUAUUCAAUUGUUUUGAGCCUCUUCUCUUUCAAAGAAGUUGCAUUUUGCGUAUUUUAGUUUGUGGUUCACCGUGCCUUAUCGAUAAGUUAAUCCUUUAACCCCAAGAAGUGAUUGACAUGUAACUUCUCUUUAUGCUGUGCAUACAUUAUCCAGAAAACAGGCAAUGAAAAUACUCUAACUUAUCAGGAAGAAGUUGUUUUCUUGAUUUAAGACCAAAUUCUCGCAACAAAUCUACAAGGAAAUGUCUAGCAGCCAGAGGGGAGAAUUCACAAUCAGAUCUUGGAAACUAAAGGAUUGAGCUCUAUUUCGUUCUGUGAUGAUUGAAUAAUGUGAACUGAGCACGAUUAAAAAUUUUUAUUUUUAUGUUUCCUUAGAAACUUCACCUUCCUCCAGAACUUUCAGAAACAGCGAAUAGGACACAGGAAGAUUCACAUCGAGGGAAGCCUGGGUCCCUCUCGUGCCAGUCCAUGGUCACUAACAGCUGUCUGGACUUUUGACUCUCAUGCAUUAGCUGGGGCCAUGUGCCUCUGUUGGCGGAGAAUGAUACAAGGUAACAGUCAAUGCUUGUUUUGGAGUAUGUAUGCCGUGGAUUGCUCACGUUUAAAGUUAAUCCAGCGAGCGUCAUCUCUGUUGUACAAUACAUGUACUGUACUUUGAAGAAAAACGGAAAUAGUCAAUGACUUUCAGGUUGCCACUUAAAAAUUUCCGACUCUUAAAGCUAAGUUUUACGAUCAAGAUACUGAAAAAGAACCAGAAAUAGCCCAAAUAUUCAACGUCUUGAUUACGAGAUGACUUGGUGAGACAUUCGACUCCUGCACUAUUUAUUGAAGUAUAAAAAAGAAGGGAUUUAUGGCGCGCAGGAAAUAUUUGGGAGUCUUUGUGAUGUUGCUCUUUGCCUCCUCUUCAAGGCUUCAAAAAAGGCUCUCGUCGAGCUGUGUGCCUGUGAAUAGCGUCAUACAACCUGAGUUGUGUGUUUUUAACUUCAAUGUAUGGUGAGGAGUUGACCAUCGGGAGUCAAGAGUGGAUUAAUAAAAGUGAUUGGUCAGUUUUUCUGUGUUGGUUGAUAUUGGCUGUGAGAGUCAAGAAGAGGUCAUGGUCAGUUCUACGACCGCUGACUGAUACCUGUGCGUCCAAACAUUCUUUGAUCUUUUGUUUGUGAUGGAUCGUGAACGAUUCGCAUGGAAUGCGAUGAAGGAACUGCACCGCUAACUGAAGGCACUUAGAAUUCUAUGAUAAUUCGUUAAGAACUCGACUCACUUUCGGAUGAAGUUGAAACAUUGAUACCUUUUUUGCCACGUUUUAGCCUGAGUCGCGAAAGAUUCUCAUUGAAAGCAAUGAAUGACCUAGGCUGGAAACUGAAGUCUCUGAUGGUGGGUUGAAAAUUCGCGUCGAACACGUCUUGACGUCUUUAACGAGUAAAAGCUGAAUGCGCUCUACAUAUCGCACUAUACCUGAUUUUUUAAAAGAUCAUGAAAAUUCCCUCCUUAAGACUUUGCGAUCUCGGCCAGAAGAUAAAGACACUUCAAGUUUUCGAAACUUCGUCCAUAUAUAACUUGUUAUUGAAUGCAAAACACAAGUGGUGAGCUCUUUGUUGUAUCGAGAAUUUACCCAAAUCCGUCGACCUAGCCUGGUGUGGUCUACAACGACGUUGAAGUCAUCAAACGUGACGUCACCAUAAGCCAACUUUCUGAGCCAGCGGCGAGUGUGUUUCGAGUCAGCGUCAAAGAUAGGACUUGGUGCCUCACCUUUUCCACAGCACGGAAUGUUUUAGGAUUUUACUAUCUUUGAUUCAGUGUAUAACGCCUGAACAUGAUGGUGACUGUUGAGAGGAACUGAGUGGCACAAAUGUAUGUCUUGGUGAAAUUUCAUAAUUUUACAUAAACACAAUUUUACGACUCGUACGCAGAAGAAUCAUGCGUUCCUUAAGUUAUCUUCAAAGUUAAACUUUAUUUUAGCGAGAUGUUGGACACUGCAUCUCACUUGCCAAGGAAUACUGAAAUUGAAAGCUGCUGCCAUUAUCUCACUGAGACUCAUUUCACUCGCUAUUAUGUUCCUCUGUAAAGACUAUUAAAUGUUGAGAAUCGAUUUUGAAAAUCCUAGAAGAAUCCUAAUCUCUGUGACAGUUCAUAUAUUAGAAAAUGUUUAUGGCGACAAAUUUAUUAAGGAUGGUUUACUUGUAUUAGGUCGUUCAAAAGACCCGAUUGAUUCUGAUUGAAGUAAUCAGUUUAACUUAUGGAGAAAUUAUAUUUGAUUUUCGGACGAAAUAUAAAAGUAAUAAAAAAAAGUGAAAGCUGUCGAAAGGCUCUAAAAGCCUGCAAUGUGUGUACAUUUGAUCUUUCAUUCGCAUUUGUUUGGUUAAUGUGUGGCAAAUGGCACGCCGAAAUAUAAUCGUUAACAGACCAGUUGCAG